AUGGCUAGCCUUAUCGAAUCCACCGACGGGCCUCUCACGCUUCAAUUCCAAAACAUCACCAGGGUUGCUGGCGAGACUGUCCAAGGGGUCAUCAACAUCGACUACCGACAAGUCGAAGAUGACAACUUGGAGGAGCUCAGAGUCAAGUUUCGCGGCGCUUCCAACACGCAAAUCACCGUUCGCACUGGACAGACGACUACGACAUAUCGGUCAACGGAACUGCUGUUUCACACGAAGAUACCUGUGUGGAAGCAGGGCUCAGCUUACCCCCCGCCCGGCUUGCACAUCUUGUCGUGUCCAUUCGAGUUCACAUUGCCGUCGCCUCUACCGCCAUCCUUCCACUGCGAGGCCUACCACCGUUCCGGCACAAUCGGGUAUUCAUUGGAAGUCGUUGGCCAGCGUUCGGGCAUAUUCAGAUUCAAUCGACGGAUCAGACGGCUGAUUCCCGUCAUCCCGGCAGCGACGCCUGAGCAGGUCGCGAUAAAGGAGGCACUGAUGCAGGGCUGGAAUGGCGGCUGGAAGACAUACGCCAGAGACGACAAGCUGAGGAGAGGGCUGUGGGGAGAUUACGCGCACAGUCGUGCAAGGCUCAUAUUGCCCGACCUCCCCUCCUUCCCCAUCGGCACUCCGAUUCCUCUGAGCCUCAUUGUUGAGACUGACACCAAGCCAAUGCUGCGAAGCGAUGCUCUCGACGGACCAGCAGACAAAAAGGGCAAGCCAUUAUUUCCUGCGAUCCCGACAGCGUCAUCGCAAAUCCCCUUCAAGCUAUAUCGCUGGGCACAAGUCAGCGCGCGGCGACGGACUCGUACCGUUGAAGACGAGUUCAGUCUUCUGGGAAGCUUGGGCGACCCUCAAGCUGUAGCUGCUGUCGUUCAUACUGUCACCCCACCAGAGUGGAUCCCCCAGGACGACAACAAAGGCAAGGGUAUAUGGCGGCGGUCUAUCCGAUUUGACUCGACGCUUUCGAUUGCUUACGCGCCAACCUACAGCACCCAGAUCAUCCAGUGGCAGUAUCAACUCCGUCUUCGCGUCGAAUUUCCCGGUAUUGGGAACGACUUGAAGAUUGAGAUACCCAUCACACUUGACUCGUCUACGGCGUGCCCGCCUCCGCCGCUCGGAAUUGCUGGCUCCAGUCGGGUGGGCGGGCAGACUUAUGCCGAUGUGCUUCCUGCGGGGCCGCCACCGCAAAUGAUGGACUUGCCUCCCGCUUAUUUUAGUGGCGAAAACCAUGAUUGGGACGACGAGAAGAGAUGA